UCCUCGCGCGUCCACGCUCGAGCUUUUAUUCAGUAUCCGCCGAGGCGCGCGGCCGUCCGCUGCGUUGACGACUAAACGCGAAUGCGAUUACUGAGACACGACUAAUCGCAAACAUGACGGCGGACGACGUUAAGGGAGACGCGGGAACACCCUUCGAGGAUGCACUGGAGAAGACCGGAAAUGGCCUCUACAACAUCCUGCUGCUGGCGACGUGUUCCCUCAUCCUGCUGGCCAUCGGCGUGGACAUGUUCGGCUUCAGCCUGGUUAUCACCGCCGCCUGCGACCUGGAGCUCACGGUCAUGGAAAAGGGGAUCAUCACCUCCGUUCCUUUCAUUGGCAUCCUGUUCGUGUCGUACCUGUGGGGCUACAUCUCGGACACGCGCGGGCGGCGGCUGACGCUGGUGGUGUGCAUGCAAGCCGGCUUCGUGCUGUCCUGCCUGUGCAGCGUCACGCCCAACUGGCUGGUGCUGGCCUUCAUCAAGUUCCUGGCCGUUUGCUUCUCCUGUGCUGCCAAUUCUGCCACUUAUACCUUGGUAGGGGAGUCCUGCAUCCAGAGGGUGCGGAGCAAAUACAUGCUGCUGAUGACCUGCCUCAUCUUGCUGUCACCUGCUGUUGCUGGAGUGCUCACAUACCCCACACUAAAACUGCAGUUCGAGGCGGACCUCUGGUUCGGAGUUACAUUCCGGCCGUGGCGACUGCUCACUAUCGUGCUUGCACUGCCUUCGGGGCUGGGGGCCAUUGCUAUCUACUUCUUCCACGAGUCCCCCAAGUUCCUGGCCAACAGGGGACGAACGGACGAGGCGCUGGAAGUUCUGAGGUCCAUGUACGCGAUAAACCAUAGGAACUCUAAGGACGAGUUUGGGGUGAAAUCCUUGAAACUCAGCGAAGACAUGGCUAAGCAGCAGACGACGCUCCUCAAGGCCAUGUUUGAACAAAGCGCGCCGUUAUUCCGGGCGCCGUAUCUUUGGCGCACGCUGCAGCUGUUCUACAUCGUCUUCGUCGUGUACAUCACAAACAACAGCUUCCUCGUCUGGUUACCGCACAUCUUGAACCUGAUCCGGUUAUCGCUAGAGACGGGUUCAGCAGCCGGGAACAUCUGCGCUCUCAUCUCCCCGGAAGAACAGUCACCAGACGUCUGCAUUGGCACAAUAGAGGAAAACGUGAUGGUCACCCUCAUAGCAUCCCAAUCCGUCUUCUCAUUCUUCAACUUCGUCAUAUCGUACUUGCCGAACCGGCGGAAGGCUGUUCUGAUUACGAUCUUGUGCCUAUCGUCGUUGGGUGGAGUUUGCCUCAACCUGAUGCCGGAGCCGAUCUCUUCUGUGUUCUUCUUCGUGCUGUUCACUUGCACGUGCCUCGGGAUGGGCAUCUUGGCGUCGUACUUCGUGGAUUUGUAUCCUACCUCAUACAGAGGGAUGGUGGCAUGCCUCAGUAUCAUGGUGGGUCGAACGAGCACCUUUAUAGGCAUCAACCUGGUUGGGAAACUCAUCUUCCGCCACUGCCAAAUCACGUUUUACCUCUGGUCGCUGCUUGUGCUAAGUAGUGCGAUAGCAGCCUGGUUCCUGCCUCCGGACAAAGCGCCAGUUAAGUCAACAGUAAUUUAACGUUAACAGUAAAGACGGAAUGAAAUUGUCUGUGAUUUUAGAAUACUAUAGAUAUAUUAGCUAAAGGAAUUUCAAGAGGCAUUUUGGAUGUGAGGAAAUACGAACUUUGAGUUCUGGAGAUACGAGUAUAAUAGGUAUCAUGCAGGUGAUUUCUUGCUUGAGUAAGCUCUUCAAACAAUAAACAGCGUGUUCUUAUUCAUAAACGAUAUAAUUAGAUGCUCAAUAUAAUUAUGGUGCAGUUUUCACCAUUAGACUAUUGGCCAAUUAUUCUUAAAAUAGAAUUACGUUAUGACAUGUAUUGAUAAAUAUUUUUUUCCGCAGUUCUACAUAGCUGUAGAUUGCAGUCUUUAUGGGAUCGUAAAUGGGAAUAAUAUAGAUAGGUAAUAAUAAAUACUUACUAUCUCCAUGAUGACAGAAUGAGUCUGAUGAUAUAGAUGAACUACAAUGAACUGUCUCACAUUGACAGGGGGCGCCCCCAUGGUUCAACUUUAAAGUUUCCACGUGGAAAAAUCUGAAUCAGCGAUCCGGUAUUGACGGUGGCGCCCCCAGUCAAUGUCACGGGUGGGACAGUUCGUUGUAGUUCAUCUAUGUAUAGUACCUAAUGCUUGACUGUAAUUAGAUGACUACCAGGAGAAUAUUCCUGACGUGGAUAUCGAUCAAGGCUCUCAAUGAUUAGCUGUAUUUGGUCUUACAAAGCCCGAUUCACACUACC